GAGAGACUUGUCGUCGUCGUCGUCGUCGUUGUGCGACUCGAGCCAAAAUAGUUUAUUAUUCGCGCGCGCCACGCCGAAUCGGAAGUGAAUCUCCGAGCAGAUAUUAUAAUCCGAGAGUUGUCACACAUCGUCUUUUCUUUCUUUGGGUUUUCUUUCCCCCCUUUUUUUUGCUGCCGGUGUUGGUGAUUUUGUUUCUAGUGUUCGUGUGUAUAAAAGUGCGAAGAAAGAAGAAGAUUUCAUCCUGCAUCGAAUUGCGGAAGAAGAAAAAAAUCUACGGCACAUCGUCCCAAUCGUUCAAAAACAACGAGUGCGUGUGUUGAAAAAAGAAAGAAAGAAAAAAAGUGCGCAAAUCGCGGUUUUCCCAUCGUCAGCGGGAAAGCUCUUCCCACGCAGUGCGUGCUUCGGUGUAAAAAAAGCGAGUGAACGCGGAGAGCAAGGGCGCGGACCCGACCCGGCUUUUUCUCUCUUCUGCCUCUCUCUCUCUCGCUCUCUCUAUUCUGUGUUUGUGCGCGUGAGUGAGUGUGUGUCAGUGUGUCACUCGUCGUUCUCUCUCUCUCUGCCGCGUCGCACCGGAGGGACGUCGUCGCGUACUGUACUGCAGUCGCCUAUAUUCAGUAGAAAAAUACACAUCGACUGACAAGUAUAAUUAAGAAAGAAAGGAAAAAAAAAAUUACGCAACAACGUAACAAGAGAGAGGCAGAGACGACAUCGGCGUCAACAUGAAUUCCUCGGCGAGGGCCCAGUCGACGCCGAUGGAGCUGCAGACGCUGGGCGGCGCCGCGUCCGCCGGCAGCCAGACGACGAUGAUGACGACGGGCACUACGACGGGCCAGGCCGAGCACCUGACCUCAUCCGGCGCCCAUCAUCAUCAACAUCAUCAUCAUCAUCGGAGCACCGCGCAGCAACGUCAUCAUCAUCGCAGUCGUAGCGCGCCCCGCCAGCCGGAGAAGCCGGCCCGCAAGCGGGCCAACAGCGGCACGCUCAAGUCGGGCAUCAGUCUGGCCUCGAUACCGGCCCACAUCAGGCUGACCAUGCUCAACAGCGGCCUGCUCAGCUUCGAUAAAUACAGAAACGUCGAGGAGAUGAAGCUGGGACCGACGCUACCGAUGACCCCCAUACCGCUGGACAGUUUCUUGACGAUCUGUGAUAUUCGAAGAAAGUUUCCCGUACUUUACAGAGUCGAAUAUCAGGAGGGAACGAGGGCCAAGCCUCACACGAGCAAGGCCGCCAACAAGGAGAUAAACAAGCACAAGAAUACGAAUUCAAAAUGUAUUCCAUACGACUACAACCGAGUGGUGCUGAAGCCGAUCGAAGGUGUACCAGGCUCGGAUUACAUAAAUGCCUCGCACGUCAGUAGUAUACUGAAACCGAAUGCCUACAUCGUAACCCAGGGACCCAACGACUAUACGGUCUGCGAUUUUUGGCGGCUCGUCUGGGAGCAGAACGCCAGCUGCAUCGUCAUGCUCACCAAAACGUUCGAUUUCAUCAAGGUGAUGUGCACGCAGUAUUGGCCGGUGGACCGCGACAAGGAGGAGACCUACGGCGAGAUCACGGUGCGCGUCCUGGACGAGGAGGAGCUGGCCAACUUUCGCAUCAGGACGCUGAGGAUGUACAAAAUGGACCCGACGAGGACCACGAUCACGGAGGAGCGCAAGAUUUUUCAGUUCCACUACACCGAGUGGCACUGCCACACGAAUCCCUUCAGCAACGCCGUGCUGGAGUUUCGCCGGCGCGUCCGAUCGAUGCUCAACUCGAUGCCCACCAACGAUGGACCUAUGGUCGUUCAUUGCAACGACGGAGGUGGCAGGACGGGAGUGUUCCUGAUGAUCGACGCGAACCUCGAGCUCGGCGAGGAGCAGGACGCCUUCGACAUAUUCGGCUACUUCAACAAACUGAGAGACGCCAGGCGGGGUCUCAUUGAAAAUAUGGACCAGUACAGAUUCGUCUACGACACCCUCGAGGAGUUCAUCAGCUGCGGCAUCACCUGGUUCCCGGUGGGCGAGCUCUCGGAACGCCUCAAGAGCAAGAGCAUCAAGGAUCCGCGCACGCGCAACAACGAGUACGUGCGCGAGUACAACAAGGUCUGCAAGCAGACGCCGCGCUUCACCAUCGGCGACUGCGCCGGCGGCCACAGGGCCGACAAUCGCGAGAAGAAUCGCGACGUCCUCGUCGUGCCGCCGGACAACUUCCGACCUUACCUGACGAGCUUCCAGGGCAACACCUUCACGGACUACAUCAACGCCGUCUUCGUUGACGGCUACACGAAACCCCGGGAGUACAUCGUGACCGAGUGGCCGAUGUCGCGCUGCCUCGGCGAGUUCUGGUCCCUCGUCUACGACUACGAGUGCUCGGCGGUCGUCGUGCUCUGCGUGCCGCCCGCCGACUCCACCAGCUAUCCGUCCUUCUGGCCCGACGGCCGCCACUGCAAGACCAAGAAGUACGGGCCCGUAUUCACCAUCGAGCACAUCAGCCACAAUCAUUACUCCAACAUCAAAACUUGGGUCUUUCGGAUAAACAAGAAAAUCGUUUCUCUUACCGAGUUAAUGGCAGGCAUAAAGGCGCCCCCGAAGACGGUCCAGCUGUUCCAGCUGAUCUGCUGGCCGAUGGGCCAGAUGGUGCCCACGUCGACCAACAGCCUCGUCGAGAUGAUGAACAUGGUGGAGCGCUGGCGACAGCACACCUCGUACGGGCCCGUCGCGGUGGUGUCGCCCGACGGCCGGAGUCGCUGCGGCGUCUACUGCGCCGCCAACGCCUGCAUCGAGCAGGUCAUACAGCACGGCGAGGUGGACGUGUUCCAGGCCGUCAAGACGGUGCGCAGGCAUCGGCCCCAGCUCAUACAGAGUCCGACGGAGUACAAGUAUUGCUACGAUCUGGUCCUACAUUACGUGCUGCACUACCUCAGCAAGGACAUGUCGGAGAAGAAGUGAGAACACGAGUUGCGGGACGAG